UUCCUCAAUUUGAUCAACAAUCUCUUUCUGUCUCUCUCUCCCUCUCGCACACACAUAUCUCAGAUCAAAGCCAAUACUUGAUUGGGUCAAAUGGAAGAAGCUGUGGUGGGAGCUGUUGUUGGAGCCAGCAUCCAAAUACUACUUCAAAAUCUACUCUCAAUUUCUGUGGAAGAGAUCAUGAUUCAAGAUUUCUUGUACGAUGCGGAGAUGCAGCAGGUCACCAAUAAGGCUGUAAACCGCUGGCUGAAGAAGCUUGAAGCUGUGGCCUACGAGGCCGAUAAUGUCUUGGACGAUCUCAACUAUGAGGUUCUUAGCAGGAAAAUGGAGAAACCAGACAAAAUGAAGCAAAAGGUACAUGCUUUCUUCUCACGCUCUAACCCCGUCGCUUUUCGUCGAAAGAUGGCUACUAAAAUUAAGAGUAUCAAUGAUGAAUUGGAACGAAUUAACCAAGAGGCAACCGGGUUUGGGCUUCAAAUGAGAUUUGUUGGUGCACAUGCUCCUACUCCUGCUGUUGAUGGUAGGGAAACUGACUCGUAUAAUGCCGAUCCGGUUGUUCUUGGAAGAGAAGAUGAUGUGUCAGCAAUAGUGGACAUGCUAAUUAGCAGCCCAGCUGAGCAAGUGUUGUCUGUCCUUCCCAUUGUUGGCAUGGGAGGAUUGGGGAAGACAACCUUAGCUAGACAAGUCUAUAAUAAUGAAAUGAUAAAGGCACACUUUGAAGAACGUAUAUGGGUGUAUGUUUCUCAGAACUUCGAUGCUACCACUCUUUUCAAGAAGAUUGUUGAAUCAUUAACAGGACAAAGCAUUGAACAUGGCAGUAGUAGAGAAGUUCUUUUGCAAAAGAUUCAACAAAAUUUGGAAGCAAAGAAGUACCUACUCGUCCUUGACGACGUUUGGAAUGAAGUGAUGGAGAAGUGGGAUGAUUUCAUAAAUUCCUUACUGGGAAUUAGUUCACUCCGGGGCCAUGGCAUCAUUGUUACCACGAGAAGUGAUAAGGUUUCUUCAAUUGUAAAAACGGUUCCAGUUCAUAAAUUGAAAAGCUUAUCAGAAGAUAUUUGUUGGUCAAUAAUAAAAGCAAAAGCUUUUAGAGAAGGAGAUAUUCCACCAGAAUUUGAGACCAUAAGGAAGCGUAUAGCAAAAAGAUGCCAAGGUCUUCCAUUAGCAGCCAAAGUUAUGGGGGGCAUGUUGCUUGACAAAUCGGAGAAUGAGUGGCUCUCAAUUGAAGACACUUGGCUCUCAAACUUUGGGGGAGACGGAAGUACUGUCUCAAAGAUAUUAAAGUUGAGCUUUGAUCAUUUGUCGCCACCAUCCCUCAAAAAGUGCUUUGCAUUUUGUUCGAUAUUCCCCAAAGGUCUUGAAAUGCGUAGGGAAUAUGUAAUUGAUCUUUGGAUGGCGGAUGGAUUUCUUCAAGCUGAUCAAGGAAAUGAUAUGGAGACUAUGGGCAACAAAUUUUUUAACCUUCUUCUGCAGAAUUCUUUAUUACAAGUUGUGAAUAGAGAUGACUAUGGCAAUAUAAUAUCUUGCAACAUGCACGACCUUGUGCACGAUCUAGCACGCUCUGUUUUAGGGUCUAAAAGCAUUUGUGCAAGUGACAAUGCUUCGGAUGAGAUCCAUCAAGCUCGAUACAUGAGCCUCAAGUCUAUCGGAGAUGAAUCAUGUGCCAUCUCAAAAGAAGAAGCAAAAUAUGUGAGGCUGUUACUCUUUGAAGGUAAAGUUUUUCAUGACAUGCUCUUGGACUUCAAAUCUCUGCGUGUCUUGAUUCUGAAGGGUGAAGAUGUUGAAGAGCUGCCAAUUUCAAUUGGAAAGCUAAUACAUUUGAGAUUUGUUGAUAUUUCGUACACAAGAAUUGAAUAUUUGCCAGACCCUAUUGGGAACCUCUAUUAUUUGCAGACACUAAUCGUAGAUGAAGCAUAUUGCAAGAAGCUGCCAAACACAUUAAAGCACUUGGUUAGCUUAAGACAUCUUCACAUUCCAAAUAUAGAAUUGCCUCUUGGGAUUGGAAAAUUAACUUCUCUUCAAACACUACCAUAUUUUCAAGUAGGCCAUGAAAGAGGACGAACAAUUAUAGAGCUUGGAAGCUUGAAAAAUCUCAAAGGGACUUUGGAGAUUCAUAAUCUUGAAAAGGUAUGUGAUAAAGAAGAUGCAAAGAGUGCACAUUUAUUUCAAAAGCCAAACAUAUUUAAGUUAAAGUUUGCAUGGAGUGAAUUGAGAGAAGGUGAAAUAAAUGAUGAGGAUGUGUUGGAAGGUCUCCAACCCCAUCCAGAUCUGAAGAGUCUAGAGAUUGAGGGAUUUAAAGGUAGAAACUUUCCUUUAUGGAUAUUGAAGAUGGUAGUGCAUGAUGAUCUUGAAGGCCGGUGGAUAGGACUUAAUCAUUUGAGGGAGAUUAGUCUAACACAUUGCAAAGAAUGUGACGAGAUCCCGAUGCUAGGACACUUGCCACAUCUCAAGAGGCUUUAUUUGCAUGAUUUGCCUAAUGUGAGGUCAAUAGAUUCUUCAUUCUAUGGUAUUGGCAGCUAUAGCACACCAAGUAGGACUAGCAAAGGAGUUCAAAGAGAGACGAUUACUUUAUUUCCAGUGCUUGAGAGGCUCGAGUUGUCCAAAAUGCCAAACCUGACCGAAUGGGUAGAAGCAGAAUUGCCACCUGCUGCUGAAAGUGUACUACGUGAACUGAUUGUGUUUCCUUGCCUUGAAUACUUGAAGAUUACAGAGUGCCGUCAAUUAAGUAGCACUCCAGGUCAUUUCCCAUAUCUUAAAAAACUGAAAAUUUCUGACAUGGACAGUGCCUUACCGUUGGCAAAUAUAUGUGGGAUCAAGUUAAUUUCGCUUACAGAGCUCAAGAUAGAUAAAGUAGAUGGAUUGGUGAGUCUCCCAGAUUGGUUAUUCUACAACAAUCAAAAUAUCUCAUAUUUAAGAAUUAGAGAUUGUCCUAACUUAAUGCAUCUAGUUCUGUGCUUGGGAGGUGGCAGAGCUUCUCUUAGGAGGUUUCAGAUAUGGAAUUGUUCAAAUUUGAGAGUAUUACCAAAUGAUUUCUGGAGCCUCAGUUCUCUUGAGUUACUUUGUAUAUGGAAUUGUCCCAAUCUCAGAUCAAUACCAUAUCCUAGUGGUGAACAAACACAGGGCUUCACUAAUCUUUACACUUUGCAAGUGUCGAGCUGCGAAGCGUUGACUAGUUUGCCAUCUGAAAUGAUUGCGUCAUGUGCUGCCUCGCUCAAAAUGCUGCUAUUGAAUAGAUUAAAUAGUUUAACAAAUUUUGCUGAGGUGAUUAGCCAUCUACCAAGAAUGUCUCGUCUCACAUACUUGGGUAUUGGUGAUGUUCCCAAAUUCACUUAUUUACCUAUGGAGAUUGGCUCCCUUGGCAACUUGUACCACUUAACUGUCUUGCCGUUCUCUGAUUCAUCGGAUUUAGCUUCCUACAAGGAAUUCCUUGAUGUCUUGUUCCGAGAAUUGAAGUCUCUUCGUACGUUAUGGUUGUUCGGGCAUGAGCAUUGGGACUCUCUCCCGGAUAGGCUUCAAAAUCUCACUUCUGUUUCAGAACUAGCAAUACAUCGUUUCGGAAUAGAAUUAUUCCCGGAAUGGUUUGGGAAGUUGUCAGGUCUCAAGAUUCUAAUACUACGGAGUUGCAAAAAGUUGAAGAGUUUACCCUCUGUGACAACAAUACAAAGAUUAGUGAUAGAGAUUGAAGAUUGUCCGUUGUUGGAGCAGAUAUGAAGUGGACUAAACAUCACUUUUGGUCCCUCAAUUAUGCCACUCAUUUAAAUUCAGUCUCUCAUAGUUUCCUCUCAUUGGACUUAAUUUCUCAAGUUUAUAUAGUUCAUCAUGUUUGAUUCCUUCCGUCAUUUUUGGUUUACCCUGGAAAACACUGAAGUUUGGAAGAGUAUCAUAUUCCGUGAUCUCAUGAUCAGUAAGUCUAAACCCCAUCAAUUGGUUUCAUCCCACAUAUCCUUCCUUUUCUUUUGAUAUUCUUGCUUGUCUCAUUAGUUUGUGCAGUUAUGGUUUUCCUUUCCCUUUUUGAAAAGUCUCAUUUAAUUUGUUGAAUGGGAAUGAUGGAUAUAGUAGAGCUGAAAAAAAUAUAUAACUUUAGUUUUGUAAGUUA